AUGCGGGGAGCGGUCCCCGGCCAAGUGUCCGUCCCCGUCCCCUGCCCCGUCCCGUCCCGCCAUCUUCCCGCUGUCCCGCGUUCACCACCUCGGGCACCGCCCCCGCAGGGACCCCCGGGCACUUCCAGCGGCUCCGGGCUUCCCACACGGGGUGGGAACCCUCCUGCUCCAGGCGUUCCAGUGGGACGCUGCGUGAGCCCCCAGCCCCGCAGCGCUGGGACGCGGCGCUGUCGCGACUACACGUCCCGACAUGCCGCUGCAGAGCACCCACCGCCGCCCAUUGUGCUCCGGACAGAGGGCACCGCACUCCGCUCCGCUCAGCCUCCCCCCCGCCCGGCUAGUGGUCCCUUCCAGCACUCCAUGAGGCGCUCUUCGGGCGGUCCCAUCAGCGGGAAGCGAGGGGGGGCGACGGACCGGGGCGAGGCGCGGAACACCGGGCGUUCCCCCGCGGCCGGGCCGGGCAGUGAUUGGUGAGCGUGGCCGCCAGUCGGGCGCAGCGGCGGCCGGGAGCCAAUGGGCGCGCGGAAGGGGCGGGGCGCUGGCGCGGCGGGGCGGGGUCAGGGCCGCGGGCGGGGCUCGCGCCGCGCGUGCGCAGGGGGCGGAGGAGGGAGCGUGUCGUGUCCGUGUCGGCGGCGGCUCCGGGGAGGGUCGGGCGGAGGGAGGGCAGGGCAGGAUGGAGCGGGCGGCCGGGCGGCCGUGAGCGGGGGGAGCGCAGCCAGCAGGCCGCGGACAGGCCUGGGCGGGGGACAGGCGAGGCAGGGCAGGGCAAGGCAAGGAAGGCAGCCGGGUGACGGGUCGUGCGGC